AUGGCGGGCGGACAGUUCUGGUCUAUCGCAAGCUUUAUUCUUCAUCAAACCCGGGCGGCAAGGCGAACGUACGCUGAUCACGCAAUGUUACACCAACAACAAGUCAUUCUUCGAAACGACUCGUCGCCAACCAGUGUCGCGCAGACGCUCCUCAAAUUAGCUCUCGCUUGGCGAAAAGCCAGGGUUCGACCUUUCCGGUCCAUUUUGGCUCCCUUGGCCUCCGCCCUCCUCAUCUCGGGAGGCUUUUUCGUCGCCGGUCUUUUCUCAUCCGAGGUCACGUCGGCGGCGAGCAAGGACAUGCUUCUCCGAAGCUCUCUUUGCGGAUUAUGGACGUACGGCCAAGUCGCUCCGGGGGCGGAAUUUUAUGGCGCAGAAAAGACUCUGAACGAAUCCCUGGCAGCGGCGGAAUACGUCAAAAAUUGUUACGGCGGCAGCCCGACUCCAUUCAAGUGCAACCUCUACGUGACUCAGCAGAUCUCAUGGAAAGUCAACCAGAGCGCCCUCUGCCCGUUUGCUUCCGGAACUUGUGUCUACGGCAACAACGCAGCCUUGGAGCUGGACACUGGACCGUUGGAUUCCAACGACGUUUUUGGGUUGAACGCGCCCCAGUCUCAUCGUAUCACAUACCGCAAGGUCACGACCUGUGCCCCCAUUUUGCUCACCCCAAGCCGCGGCGAGUGGGAGAACACCACCCUCCACCUACCUUGGGUCAACCAGGUCGUUGAAGUCCCCGUCGCCAGAUAUUAUUAUGGAAAGCAGGAUAGUACGAGUUGGACCUACGAGUAUUAUCCGACCGAACGAAUCAACGGGUUAGGUUAUCUGCUAUAUUCAUGGCUGGACGGAACUGGCUGGGAAGCCGCUGCUCCGUUUUCUCGAGCGGACGGGAAUGUAACGCUCUUCUUUUUGGCUCAAAACGUGGUCGAUUACAAGAGCAAAGUCGACGAUCCUUGGUUCGGAGCUCAUCAGGAAUUGAAUCUGAGUUUCGGGGGAGUUUAUUCCACGGUGUAUCAAGAAGAUUUCCCUGUAACUAUUUUAGGAUGCCUGGAUCAGCACCAGUUCUGCAAUCCUCGUUACCCCGGUUUUAAUGGCGAAUCUACCGGCUGCACCGCUCUGACCUCUGCCACCAAAGUAUACGACGAUCUUGCCGGGUUGAAGCUGAAUGACUACCAGAGCACUACCAUCUGGAAUCUGAACGAGUCCCUUGUGUACGCCAACACAUGGAAUGCGGUUAACGGUCGUGGAGCCUCAGCCCUGCAGGCCAGCAAUAAAAUGGCCGGGCUUCUGGGGACUGGGCUUCCUCCCACACAGUGGAUGACGGAAGUUUCGGGGGUGGCCAACUUUGUGGGCUACGCGUUGGGCCCGGGACCUCUUGCACCCGGCCUAAUGCUGGUAGCUCCCAACACGAGCGUGGGCCACGAUAUAUGCCGGUCACAGAAGGUCUCGGCGAGGGACGGCUAUCAGAACUUCAGCGUGCUCGGCAUUUCGAUCAUCAUAGGCGUGGGAACAUUGAUCAUCAUCAUCGGUCUCACGAUCGACACCAUUGUGGGCUGGAUGCAGACCAAGUUCAAAAGAGGAGAGUACCGUCUCUUGUCUUGGGAACUGGAUGACAAGCUACAGCUGCAAAGGAUGGCAUACGAGGGCGCCGGUUGGGGUCCCUGGAAAGACCAUUCUGGAUUUCCGAUCAAAGAAGGUGUCGCCGAGGUUGGACGAUAUGAACGUGAAAAGGCCCACGCGUCGAUAUCUUUACGUACAGGCAGCAAUGGAGAGCUGGGCCAUGAGGUCACCAUCGACAGCAGCAACUAA